ACAAUUUUCGAAGGACGAUGGCGCCCUUCUCUGUCACCGAUUCCCAUCUCUUCCUCCCUUUUCCGCUGAUAUAAAUUUGCCUCUUGUCUCUGAGGCAACUUUCUUUUUGGGCCCUUAUAUUUGCCACUGACUGUUGUGUUGUUUCUUGAAUCUGCAAUUAAGAGGGAAACAGCAGGAAAAGAAAAGAGAAAAGAUGUGGAUUUUUGGGUGGAAGGGGCCUUCUGGGUUCUCUGCUCGCUCUACAGCCGAAGAAGUGACUCAGGGAAUCGAUGGAACUGGUCUCACUGCCGUUGUCACAGGUACCUCUAGUGGUAUUGGCAUGGAGACUGCAAGAGUUCUUGCUUUACAUGGAGUCCAUGUUGUUAUGGCCAUGAGGAACGUGGAUGCUGGUAGGAGUGUCAAAGAAGCUAUACUUCAGGAACUCCCAUCUGCUAAGCUUGAUGUGAUGGAGUUGGAUCUCAGCUCUAUGGAAUCUAUUAGAAAAUUUGCGUCAGAUUAUCAAUCAUCAGCUCUUCCCUUGAAUCUCCUUAUUAAUAAUGCAGGGGUAAUGGCAUGCCCCUUCACACUUUCCCAAGACAACAUAGAACUACAGUUUGCAACAAACCAUAUAGGUCAUUUUCUUCUUACAAAUCUUUUGUUGGAGACAAUGAAGAAAACUUCAGAGGAAAGCAAUACAGAAGGAAGGAUAGUUAACCUGUCGUCAGAGGCUCACCGCUUUGCAUACCAGGAAGGAAUUCGAUUUGACAAAAUCAAUAACGAAUCAGAGUACACUCCUAUAAAAGCCUAUGGACAGUCGAAGCUCGCAAACAUAUUACAUGCUAACGAGCUGGCAAGGCACUUGAAGGAAGAAGGGGUGCAGAUAACUGCUAAUUCACUUCAUCCUGGAACUAUACCAGCGACCAAUCUUGCUCGUCACCAUAGCAUUCUCAAUGCGUUUGCUAACCUUGGAAAAUUGUUCCUAAAAAAUGUUGCACAGGGAGCAGCAACUACAUGCUAUGUGGCUCUGCACCCACAAGUGAAAGGGAUUAGUGGCGAAUACUUCAUGGAUAGUAAUAAAGCCAAAGGAAGCUCUCUCGCACAAGAUGCCGAACUGGGAAAGAAACUAUGGGAUUUCAGCAUAAGCCUGACUGUUCCUAAAUAGUAGGGUUCUGCUUGAAAAGAUUGUCUGUUAUUCUUUUAGUCCAGUGAACCUAGUCGUUUCUGAACUAGAUAGUAAGAACCAUAUAUUGUUAACUUCACUGAGACAAGCAUUUGAGUCAAACAUGUUGUAAAGUCUGCACUUAUUGUCGAAUUUAUCUGGACAAAUUGUUGGUUAAAUAGGAGAUGAUGGAAUGAGUGUUUUACUGUUUGUGGAUGUUGCAGAAGGUGGCAGUCUAUACUAUUGCUUCUUGAUUA